CCGCUGCYAGUGGUGGAGCCACAGCUGGGAAAUAUACGUGAGUAAUUUUGAUUUCAUUCUAUACUUGAAAGUAUCAUGAUACGURAAUAAUACAAUACAGCCGAUUUUCUACGUAACAURUGGUCUGACAAAKAUUCGACUGAUCAUCUAUGGACACAACGUUGAUUUUAACUUAGAACGAUUCCCAUUGCAAAGAGACGGUACUAUGGAAGAGUCCAGCAAUCAGUCCACGAAUUUUUGUUGCUCGGUCCUGAAAUCGUGCAAGCUGAUUUCUCUGGACCAAUGAUCCAGCGUUUCUUUGACCCCCAAGGUAUGUAAGGAGGGCGCGAGAUUUUGUUCUGAAUGAAAAAAGAUCAUAAAUUGAUACCAGAGAAAAUUGGAAAUUUCAAUCUGAAGAAAUCCGCUGAAGAAAAUGCCAUGAAGAAUUUUUCUCACUUUAUUUUUCGAUGUUACCAUUAUAUUGUGCCUCGAAUGUACAUUAUCAUCACUCUACGAUGUAUCACAACAACAAAAACGCCAUUGAAAAUGCCAUAACUAUUCCAUGCAUCAUGGUAUAACUUAACUCUUUCCAAUUGACUUGAACGUACUGAAAGGCCUUGUCGUCGUCGAGGCUAAGCGAAAGGAUGUCAACGGCCAGUGCACGAAGAAGAAUGGAGACUGCAAGGGUUCAGAAAUUCGUGAUUCCAUYUACAAUGACAUGAAAACUAGUAUGUAUCUGCUGGCAAAUGCAUUUCGUUUGAACCAAACCAAAGCACCCGACAAUCUGCCCUCUGUUCGAGCCGCCAAAAAGUUUUUCAAGGAAAUGGACCUUGUCGAAAAGGCGGCGAAGAAAAAACGCAAAAACGACCGAGAAUCUGUUGUGCACUUUGCAGCCGCUCUCGAGGCUUUGGACACAUUUUUGGAUCUUGUAGAACUGCCUCCCACUGACUCUAAUUGGUACGAGCAAGAAUUCGAUCGUGCCGUUGGCAGCUCUGCGCGAAUCACGUAAGUAUGCAAGGGAAUAGCACUUGGUAUCAGAAGGCCGGAGAUGUACUUGAAACAAUAUUCAAAUAAUAAUAGGUACUUGGU